CGGUACGCUUCUUCUCCACAGAAAUCACGAGCGAGACCUCUCUUGGCCAGCGACCACGCGUGGACUCGGCGGGCAGCGCGUGCACAGGGAACCCGGCGGCCGGCGGCAGCGCGUAGAGGACCUGGCGGCAGCCCGGACUUGCUCUAACUGGGUGGAUAAAUUCGGAGUGGAGUUGUGGCCUCUCGUCCCUCCUGUUUCUUUCCCUGGCGGCUUGUGGUGGAGCGGCGGUGACGACGCGACCCAGCGCAGCGGCGGUGACAGGUACCCUCGCAUUUUUGCAGGAAUCGAGCUGCUGAAGUAAGCCGGGUGGUAUGGGUGCUGAGGCAGGCAAUGGGAAGGAGGAGGCCAAGAAGAAAGUUCUUGAGGGCACCGGUCUGUCCCUCCCAGGCGGCUCCAGCGGCAGCGUGCGCAGCGCCGGCAGCGACUCGCAGCUAAGGCAGAUGCUCGACUCCCUCAAAUCCUCCAAGUCCCCCGCUGUGAUCAACUAUGGUGCUUCAUGGUGCCGUGUUUGCAGUCAGAUUCUACCACAUUUCUGCAAGUUCAGCAAUGAAUUCAAGAAUCUGACUUUCAUUUAUGCGCAUGUUGAUGAAUGCCCAGAAACAACUCAGAACAUACGAUACACUCCUUCCUUCCAUUUUUACCGGGAUGGAGAAAAGGUGGAUGAGAUGAUUGGUGCAGGAGAAGAGAGGCUGCAUGAUCGGUUGUGGUUGCAUUCAUGAUAGUCAGGCUUGGACUUGCAACCUUCAGGGACGCUGUCCUCGUGUACUGUUUAUUAAUGCAGAACAUUUUCUAUUUUCCAGUCAAUCUUGAAUCAAUCGUGUUUUGCCAAGUCUUGUUUGAUACUGAAACUGGAAAGCAAGGAUAAGGUUAAGCUGCUCAGCAUUCUUGCUAA